UAAAAGACAGCUAGCAAUGAAGGAGGAGGCUCACCUACUUUCAUUCUAAACCCUCUCCUCCUUUCUCUCUCUCACUUCCCUCUCUUAUUAGACUUCCUUUCUGUCUUUCCUCUCUUCAAAUUCCACCCCUUCUCCCCUCUCCCUCUUUUCCUCUCUCUUUGGUUGUUUCUCAGUUGAGCACUAUAUAUAUAUAUAUAUUUAUAUAGUUGUAGGGUUUAAAUAGUAGAAACUUUAGGGUUUUGUUUGCCCUGGACUGUUUCAUAGAAGUUUUUGCCAAACAUUUUUGAGAUUCUGCUUCAGUUUCUAGGGUUUUUGGACCAGGAUUAUGGUUUAAGCUCAGGAAUUAGACCAGUGAAAACUUAGUCCUAAGGAAUUCGCUCACUGAAAUUCUCUACAUUCCAGUCCAAAUUUGUAUUUGCACAAAGCCUAAGAAAAUUAGGAAAGAAUGAUUGGACCAAAUUACAUAGACGAAAUAGACUGCUUCUUCGAUCAAAUUGAAGACUUAGUAGAAUUUCCUCCUGAAAACGAAGGACAACUCGGUGCCGGCCAUUGCAAUGAUUUCCCGAGCAUUUGGACGAAUCCUCCGGAAGCCUUGCCGGUCUCUGACCCCAUUUUCUCCUGCAACAACAACAGCAAUAGCGCUUCAGACCUGUCGGCUGAACUUUCUGUUCCGUAUGAAGACAUCGUGCAGCUCGAAUGGCUUUCAACCUUCGUUGAGGAUUCCUUCUCUGGUGGAGGUAUGACUAUAAAUCAAGAAGAGAAGUCUUCUGUCACCGAAAUGGCAUCCCACAAGCAGUUCCAAACCUCCAGCCCUGUUUCUGUCCUCGAGAGCAGCAGCAGCAGCAGCUCUUGCUCGGGGGAAAAGACAAGGCCGCUGAGCCCAACUCGUCUUGGUCCUCAACGUGCUCGCAGCAAACGCCCUCGCCCUGCAACCUUUAAUCCCCGCCCUGCAAUGCAACUUAUCUCCCCUACCUCCUCUGUAACCGAGACCCCCCAGCCGUACCUUGCUCCGGUACGUUCCUCAGAAUCAGAGAACUUCGCAGAGUCUCGUCCUAUGAAGAACAUACUGAAGCCAUCCGCUGUGAAAUACAAGAAAAGGAAAAUCAAGUUGUCGCUUCCAUUGGGGUCAGUGGAGAUGAAUCAGAAUCCAACCUCGCAGUCAGUUAGGAAAUGCAUGCAUUGCGAGAUAACCAAGACCCCCCAAUGGAGGGCAGGGCCAAUGGGGCCAAAAACUCUCUGCAAUGCCUGUGGUGUCCGUUACAAAUCAGGUCGUCUCUUCCCUGAAUACCGCCCUGCAGCGAGUCCAACAUUCAUCCCAUCCGUGCACUCCAAUUCACAUAAGAAGGUUCUCGAGAUGAGACGACAGGACAUUGAGCCAACUUAUUCCAUGGAUGGAACAGUGACAACCACCGAGCCGGAGCCGGAGCUUAUUCCAAAUUGCAACUUAUUGCUGGAUUAGAAGUGAGGGAGGGGGAUAUAAGGGAAAUGUUUCCAAGCUGGAAUCCUCUCUAAACUUCCUUCCUCUCCUUUUUUUAACUUUCAGUUCUGUCUCAAAUUUGUCCAUUGCAUUGUUCAUUUGUUCCUUCUACAUAGAUGUAAUGUGAGUUAGGUGCAAUAUAGGUCAUAUUUUAGAUGGUAGAGAAAAGCAAUGAAGUGAGGGUACUUAAAAGGGGUAGAUAUAAAUGAAUGGUUUAGGUUUUAGGGUUCAGUCCUCAGGGUCAGUGAUGCUUAGGUCCUUAGGAUUAGUAGGUGGAGUCAGUGUUCUCUCUCUAUCUCUUUAUCUUUUUUGCUUGGUUCUCUUUUUUUUUUUUUUUCCCCUUCCUCUAGGGAAUUCUUUUUGCAGUUCAUUUGUUUGUAGGAAAUUAUGAGAUGAGUAAUGGGAUUUGAAUUUCAUGUUA